AUGUCAAAACAUAUAUCAGAGGUGGGGACCUGGACUGCAGAAGACGCGGCUGAGAUCCAGUCCAGAUGGCAGAAACCCACCGAAACUCGCCUCCUCUCGGGACGGCACCUCCGAGUCUAUACCGGUCUGAGUAAACCAUUCUUCAUGAAGAAACCAGGCAAAAGUGGUGAGGCUGGGUCAACUCCGUAUCAAGGCUAUUUUGUAGACAUGCUGGAGAUGCUAGCUUCGCGCCUGAACUUCACCUGGGACAUCACGCUUGGUAGUAGGGUGCGGCCUAGGAUCAUAGCAGCGGCUGAGUCGAAGAAGUAUGACUUGCUUCUAGUUGGCAUGGCCAUGCGCACUGGAUAUGCAGGCUGGGAAAAAGUCGAGUACUCCAUCCCAAUACGGACACGUGGUUACUUCCUGACCAUGAAGAAGUCAAAUCGUCAUGAAGGUCAAGGCAUCUUUCAGUUCAUGGGACCAUUUUCUGCGGAGGUGUGGCUCACCUUUGUGGCCGCUGUUGUGGGAGUAAGUCUUGUCAUGGCGGCAAACGGCCGUCUGAACCCGUACGAGUGGUCCAAGGCAGCUGGGCGGGGAGAGGUGUCAGAGGAGGAGGCAGACAACCUCAGCCUCGUCAACAGUCUCUGUUAUGACCCUGUAAAGACCAACUUAGCUGCCUUCCUGUCCAGACCAUCAACAGAGCGGAGCAUCAGGAGCCUGGCUGAUCUGGCUCGCCAGACGGACGUGCCGUACGGGACCUACAAGGGAUACACCAUCGUCAAGUUCUUGAAGAAGUCUCAGGAGGAACCUUUUAAGACCAUCGGUCGAUAUCUGGACAAGAAUUCAGACGAGGUUCUCUUCAACAAGGGGGUGCAGGCAUUUGAGCGUGCUGCUAAGGGCGACUUUAUCUUCAUCUCCCCAACCACCUACGAGUACGAGAUCCUCAACGAGAGGUGUGACAUGGUCAUCCUCACCGACGAGUACUUCUUCAAGUAUGAGGUCGUAUUUCCGUUUCCGGUUGGUUCACCCUACCGGGCCGAGAUCAACCAGGCCCUGAUGAAGAUGACAGAGGACGGGCAGAUGGACGCCCUUACGAACAGAUGGUUUAACAAGAAGAUGUACAAAUGUUCCACUGGCUCCACUCAAGAGGGCGUGCUGGAUAUGGAGCAAUUGAAUGGGGCUUUCUACUAUCUCAUGAUUGGGAUGGGGACCUCCAUCUUAGUCUUCGCACUGGAAUGGGUGCAUUUUAAGUUCAAGAAGGGGCGUUCAAGCGACCCUGCCAAUAGAGGUGACCGCGUGUAGUUAAAGCGAGUUUGGCCAGGUGUAAGAAGUAAAAGCGUGGUCAGUUCAAGGAGUUUGUCAAUUAACCUGCAAUCACGCUUGCUUUUAUUGCUUGAAAUAUGCCACCGAAAAAUCAUAUAUCAGAUGACAAUUGGAAAUGUGUUGUCUGCAUGAAUAACCGACUUUUAUUGUAACUUGUGCCUCUGUGGGCCAAGUACAGGUCGUCAACAACUAUUGAGUCAAGACAUAAACGUAAUAUACUAGUAUACUAAUAAUGUGCAUAUAUACUACUACUACGUAUACACUCAGGUUUGCCUUUUCGCUUUUUAUGAUCAGUACAAUACAAACAUACAAAUUUUGUUACAGAUGGUUUAAACGAUUGUAUUAAUGUGGAUACAUAUUUGUGUAUAAUAGGCGGAAUAACUAUAGCAUAAUUUGCAGUCUACGACAAAACGAAAAUCCUCUUGUAUCCUGUUUUGGCUGCCCUGUCGGCAGAUUCGUCAGUUUAGAUAAUUGUGCUUACGUCAUGAUUUCAAAAUUGUGUAGUUUUGUUCUAAUAUUAUUGUGUUAUACAUUAUCAACAUUCAUGUACGCGUUCUCACUGUAUAGAAGCAGCAAAAAUGUGAAAAAAUUGCUGUCAUUUAAAACAUGCUGCAUGUGAAACUGCAACCAGAUAUGUUAACCGUAUUCAGACGCUUGAACACAAUCGGGUGUUUUCGAGCUGUUGUUUGUAUUGCAGAAGUACGAAUGCACGUAAAGUAACUUUAACGCUUCCUGUUGAAAGUGUAGACCGUGUUGUAUAUUCAGGCUACUAGGCCAUUGAACAACGCUGAAUAAACGUCACUAAUUGUGUAGUCGAUGUAA